AUGUUGUCUACGUCUAGGAUUGCUUUCAAAUCUACUCAACUAAGAGCUGCCUCUACAGUGCUAAGACGCACGAAGGUGACGUUGCCAGAGCUAGAGUGGGACUUCGGUGCUCUUGAGCCACACAUCUCCGGCCAGAUCAACGAAUUGCACUACUCCAAGCACCACCAGACCUAUGUCAACGGCCUGAACACCGCUGUCGACCAGUUCCAGGAACUGACCCACAAGUUGUCCAAGGACCCCAACGACUUGCAAGCUGCACGUGAUCUAAUCCAAGUGCAGCAGAACAUCAAGUUCCAUGGAGGUGGGUACACGAACCACUGUCUGUUCUGGAAGAACCUGGCUCCAGAGAAGAACGGUGGUGGUGAAGCGCCAUCCAGCUCCAGUGCUCUUGGCCAGCAGAUCGAGAAGCAGUACGGCUCCUUGGACAAGCUGAUCGAGGUCACCAAUGCCAAAUUGGCCGGUGUGCAAGGUUCCGGUUGGGCCUUCAUUGUCAAGAACUUGGAGAACGGCGGCCAGCUGGAUGUUGUGCAGACUUACAACCAGGACACAGUCGGCAACCAGUUUGUCCCACUGGUGGCCAUCGACGCCUGGGAGCACGCCUACUACUUGCAAUACCAAAACAAGAAGGUCGACUACUUCAAGGCUAUUUGGAACGUCAUCAACUGGAAGGAAGCUGCGAAGAGGUACGAAACAUCCAAAGUCACUAAAUAG